CAAACAACCCUGUACACUACAGCACUAAUAGCCACAGCUAGCAGAGCAACAUUAAACAUUCUACAUUAAAAGGGUAGAAAUGCCCGAGAAUAGCCCUGUAACGAUGUGGUGGAGUGUUCCCGGGGUUAUUAAAGAAGAAUGGGCGCAUUAAUCAGUGAGGCUUGCAAGUGGAAGUGAGUAAAAAAAAAAAAAAAAAAAAAGUCACUGGAGCCUAAAUACCUCUGUUCGUUUGGACGCCUGCUUCGAAAGCGACGUUCGUCUGGACUUUUUGUUCUAGGGGAAAUUUGGACCCGAAAUCACACACAUAUAUAAAUCGCUCAGAAGUCAAAGAAUCACCAUUCAGCCUGGACAUUAAUGGCAAGAUGAAGUCACUCAUUUGCUGCAUCAUGAUGUGCACAUUGCAAGUCUGCAGCAAAAAUCCGAGGAGCUGCUGGACUUUGCUCCCUAACAUUCUGGUUGUGGAGGUGAAUGGCGCUUUGGGCCAGCAACCCCUGAGCUGCUUGGGGUCACCAGAGGAGGUGAUGAGGAGAGACAACAAGAGUCAGGAUAUUUUUUGGAAGAAGAACGGAGUAGUGGAAGCACAGCGAGGAAACUCGUACUUUGUGCAGCUCGAGGAAAGCUUAGGAGGGGGCAACUACACCUGCCACAGCAAGGACGGCUCUCUGAUCAAUCACACUGUGGUCCUGAUCCAAGAGGAGCCCAACAGGAAGAAGAUUCUUGUGAAAACCGAUGAAGAGGAUUAUUUGAGGUGCUCUGCUCAAAAUUACAACGGAGAGUUCCACUGCACGUGGACCUGGCACCGAAGUCGUGUUGGCAAAGUAGCAUUUAUCAGAGUUGGUCGCGUUUCUGACGACAAUGGCACCCAGUGUUCUGUGGACGCCAGUGUCCAGCGCUGGACAUGCCCCUCGGUUCACAGUAACUUCAGCUGUUCAGUAGACGCGAGCGGAAACGGGAUCACCUGUCGGGACGAGCAACACUGCCCCUACGCUGAGGAGACCCAGCAGAUCUACAUUACUGUCUACGUGAGGACUGAGCACUUCCUGGUGGAGAAUUACUCUAAGCACUUUUACCUGUCAGAUAUAGUGAAGCCUGACAAGGUGAGAAUCCGAAAAGUCAACACUUCGAUGAUAGAGUGGACUUACCCGAGCUCCUGGAGCAGCCCCUACUCCUACUUCCCCCUCACUUUCCAGAUUGCGCAGCUAAGGGGAGAAUGCAAAAGGUGUAACAACCCAUGCACUGACUCAAAACCCAAAAAGACCUUUUCAGUCCAAUCUACCGACAUUUGUCAAUUCAAAGUCAAGCACAAGGCCAAGGCUGUCUGUGUCCGAGCUAAGGAUGCUCUGUGUAACUCACAGUGGAGCGAGUGGAGCCACUUCAGGCUGCGAAGACACAAGAGGAACAAAAAGAACAAACAUCAGCAAAACAAAAAACGAGAAUAACGGAAGAGCGAGGAUCCAAACAUUGGAUCCUUCUCCAGAAGUGUUAUGUUUAUUUAUGUGCUUUUAUAAAUUCUGAUUUAUAUUAUGGUGUUUGUAAUAUUUAACUAUUCUUGAUGAUGAAUGAAGGAAUAAAGUGAAA